UGGAAAGGCUGCCUUUUCCCUGGGUGAUGUAUAAGUGAGCACGAGAGAGCUUCGUGUGGGUUCACCGCAUCAGCCACCACUCUUGCUUCUGAGCACAGGGUGCUCUCCUCUUGAGCUCAGCUUCUGCUUUUGCAGCCAAGCAUCCCUGCUUCUGCUCCCUGCCUGCCCAUCCUUCUGGGCUUGCAGCCUGCCACUUGACUUUCCCCAGCCCUGCUGCCAGCUGAGAAAUCUCCCUGCAGCUGCCGAUUUCUGCCUAGGACCAUGUGUGUGGAUGCUGCUUGGGAGAAGCGAGCACUUGCUCCUGGCACUGAUCCCAGCUGAGUUUCUCCUGUUGAUUUUGGGACCACAGAUGCUGCUGUGAGGAGGUAUUUCCUGGCAUCCCUGCCUCCGCGACUGCCAGCCAACGAUCAACCCAAAAGCGGCCCUCAGGAUGGGCCACGCUGUGAGAAGCUGAUGCUAGCAAGCGAGGUGUGAAGAGUUGGCCAGAAUGACCAACUCCUCCUCCACGUCCACGUCCUCCACCACCGGGGGAUCGCUGCUUCUGUUCUGCGAGGAAGAGGAGUCGUGGGCGGGCCGGCGCAUCCCCGUGUCCCUUCUGUACUCGGGCCUGGCCAUCGGGGGCACGCUGGCCAACGGCAUGGUCAUCUAUCUCGUGUCGUCCUUCCGAAAGCUGCAGACCACCAGCAACGCCUUCAUCGUGAACGGCUGCGCCGCCGACCUCAGCGUCUGCGCCCUCUGGAUGCCGCAGGAGGCGGUGCUCGGGCUCCUGCCCACCGGCUCGGCGGAGCCCCCCGCGGACUGGGACGGCGCCGGCGGCAGCUACCGCCUGCUGCGGGGCGGGCUGCUAGGCCUUGGGCUCACCGUGUCCCUCUUGUCCCACUGCCUGGUGGCCCUGAACCGCUACCUGCUCAUCACCCGGGCGCCUGCCACCUACCAGGCGCUGUACCAGCGGCGCCACACGGCGGGCAUGCUGGCGCUCUCCUGGGCGCUCGCCCUGGGCCUCGUGCUGCUGCUACCGCCCUGGGCGCCGCGGCCCGGCGCCAGCAAUCCUACAGUCAAGACGCCGGAAACUUCAAGAACUUGCUACCCUGACAUUUUAAAAGAACAGCCUUUGUAUGAACCUGAAGAAUGA